AUGCAACAUUUCCCCCUGGAAACUGAUUUUCAUAUAGUCAAGAGAACCGCUCUUCACGUUGCUGCUGAAGCUGGCAACGUUCCAGCUGUGACAGCUCUCUUAGAGAACCAUGCAGAUUGUGAUGCUGUGGAUGUGAAUCAGGAUAAUGCCUUGCAUAUUGCCGUACGAGAAGGAAGCAUCAGUGUUGUUCGUGCUUUAUUAACGCAAUCCACAAUAGAUGCGGAAGCUGUGAAUUUAAAGGGAAGAAAUCCGUUGCACGAGCUUUGUAAAUACGGGAAAGAAAAUGCAGCCGCAAUCUGUGAACUUUUCCUGGAGUGCAUGCCAGACUAUCCAAUAAAUAAAUUAGAUGUAAACGGCAAUUCCGCAUUGCUGUUAGCCUAUAUGAAUGGAAACGGCAACUUGUGUAGAGUUCUCGUGAAAGCGAAUGCCUCUUCUGAACCGCCUCCUGGACCAGUUGAGCCAACCGGCGCCCUGGACCCACACCGAUGGAUGUCAGGAGUGCGGCAAGGGCUUUUCGAUCACAGUGCGCACUCACCAUUGCAGGCACUGCGGCCGCGCUUUGUGUUCGCGUUGCUCUCAAAUGGAAGUGCCCAUCGUAAAGUUCGGCGAACAUAA